ACCUCACAGUCUGUUUCGAGUAUACAGUCCGAGGUCUGUUUCAGUCUGUUUACACCAGUCAGCUGGAAGAUAAUGGACGGGUUUUGAUUUUAGCUGCUGAUGCGUAGUGCGUCAGGGCGUUCCAUUGGCAAUUCUUUUACGACAUUACGCGACAUACGAGUAUAACUUGGAUCAAAUUGGAGCGAGUCAAUUCUAUAAAAGAGUCGAACAUGUCGGACGUUAAGAGCUUGGAGCACCCAACUUUGAAGGUGCCGUACGAGCUGUUAAAUAAAAAAUUUCGAUCUGCUCAAAAAACUUUGGAUCGUGAAGUUUCUCACGUCCAGACAGCGGCAAACGAAUUGGAGAAAGGAUUAGUGGUAGAAUCAGGAGGAGUGGCCAGCGGUGAAAUAACUCGUCUGUUAGGAGGUGUUGUAGCCAGACUUCAAGUGCUGAAGCGUAAAGCACAAGAAUCAAUCGCUGAAGAGCUGCAGGCUGGUAUGGUCUGCAAAAGACGACUGGAUCAUUUAAAGGAACAUGCAAAUACAGCGCCAUGUGCUGUCAACCAGUGGAGAAGACAGAGACUGGACAGGAUGCUGGUCGAAUAUUUUUUACGCAAAGGAUAUUACACGACUGCCACCAAGUUGGCUGAUAAUAGUGAAUUAAGGGAUUUGACUAACAUUGAUGUGUUCAUGGUAUCAAGAGAGGUGGAAAAAUCUUUGGCCAACCAUGAGACAACAAGAUGCUUGGGAUGGUGUCAUGACAAUCGGUCCAAGCUGCGCAAGCUGGGCAGCACUAUGGAGUUCAAUGUACGUGUACAAGAAUUUGUUGAAUUGGUACGAGCAGAUCGUAGACUAGACGCAGUAAAACAUGCCAGAAAGUGUUUUGCCAACUACGACGACUACCAGCUUCAAGAAAUUCAAUGCUGCAUGGGGCUUUUGGCAUUUCCAGCUAACACUGAAUUGAGUCCUUACAAAGAUUUGCUUGAUGAAAAAAGAUGGGAAAGGUUGAUUGAGCAGUUUCGCCAUGAAAACUACAGGCUAUUUCAACUGGCUAGUCAGAGUGUAUUCACUGUGGCAUUGCAGGCAGGUUUGUCCGCCCUUAAAACCCCACAAUGCUACAGUGCUAAUAGGGAAGGCAAAAAUCCGAGUUGCCCAGUUUGUAACGAGGCACUAAACGAACUUGCAUCUACUUUACCUUUUGCUCAUUGUUCGCAAUCUCGACUUGUCUGCAGUAUCAGCGGCAAACCCCUGAACGAAUACAACCAACCAAUGAUGAUGCCUAAUGGAUAUGUUUAUGGUGAACACGCUCUAGAGAAAAUGGCACAGGAAAACAAUGGAACUGUGAUCUGUCCGAAAACCAAAGAAGUAUUCCCAUAUAAGAAGAUCGAAAAAGUUUACGUUAUGUAAAAUACUCGUACUAUAAAUAUUUUCAAGUGUAUAAUAUAAAGUAGAAUCUUUUUUCUCUAUCUCAUUCUCUCAUUAUGUGAAUUUUGAAUUAAAAAUUAUCAUUUCUUGUAUGCUAA